CCGCUCUGCUAUUUCGGUCGUCCUGCGGGGCCGCGCAGCGCAGCGCGACUCCGUCUCACUCGUACUGCUGACGGCUCGCUCUGACCCGCUGUCCUGCGGUCUGGAUGCUUUAAUGGUGAUGCCUCGUUUACACGACUCAGACAGGAAUAACCGAUGCAGUGGUGGGGGAAAAAAGAUGAAAGUCUGAAAAAAAAGGAGCUGAGAAGGAAACUACGGUCCGGAACAACCUGUUGCAGUCCUUCUUUUGUGUGGCAUAAACACACCAGGCGGGAGGCGCUGGACGUAUUUUCGCUGUACGAAUUAGGGGAGUCCGCUUUUUAUUUCGUACAGUUUUUCUUAGAACAUUAUUCCUUUUUAUUGACCUACUUAUCCGGAGAGCAGACGGCGCGCAAGUUGUAAAGCCGGUCAACUUGCACCGUGACUGGAAGUAAAAAGAAAAUGGACCUGCGGCUCCGGGACACUCGGUAGACAAAGAGAGACACGGGAGCCCUCGGACCCGAGCGGCAGCGGACACCAGUGCCCCCGUGCCAGCCUCAGCCCCAGCGCCCCCGGGUUCGACCCCCAUGGACCUGCGUGUGGGCCAGAGGCUUGUGCGCCCCGGCUCUGAUACGGCCAUGCUGACACCCUUACCCCACCCCCUGCUGCUCAGCCCGUUUUCCCCACAGCCCUGUUCCCAGUUCUCUCAGCUGCAGCUCAACCAACAUAUCCAGUUGAGCAUGGAGCAGCGGCGCCGCGAGCAGGAGAAGGACAAGCAGCAAAAAUUGCAGCAGCUGUGGCACAAGGACAAGGCCAAGCAGAGUGCAGUGGCCAGUUCUGUGGUGAAGCAAAAGCUCCAGGAGGUUAUUCUGAAGAAGCAGAAACAGGCUGCCCUCGAGCGGACCACCUGCAACCCGCUCAGCAGUCCUCCCGUGGGAUACCGGGAGUUGGCCCCGGACCCUAGCGCACCUCCCCAGUCUUUGAUGGUGGCAUCCCCCCCUCAGCCUCCCAGCGACUCCCCCGAGGAACCGCCGCUGCGCAGAGCAGCAUCGGAGCCCAACCUGAAGGUGCGGAAUAAGCUGAAGAACCAUCUGAACACCAGGAAGAGCCCGCUAACUCGGAAGGAGAGCGCUCCGCCCAGUAUCAAGCACCGGGUCCCUGACCCCAUGGACACCUCCCCCAGCAGCAGCAGCACUCCCGUGUCUGGUUGCAGUUCCCCCAACGACAGUCUUCCCACCGAGAACGGGGUGCUGCCCUCCUCUGCCGUGCUGCCCCACGAGGGGCAGAAGUUGUUUCUCCAGGACGGCACCGUGGCCCACUUCACCGUUCAGAGCCCUUCCACCCUGCCCACCAUCACGCUAGGGCUUCCUGCCAACGGCAAGAACUCUGCCGACGUGGCCUCUAUGAAGAUGACCAGGGUGCCAGUGCUCACCCCUCAGGUGUACCUGCCUCUGGACCUGAAGGACCAGGGGGGUCCCCUCUCACCCUGCCUUCAGCCUGUGCUCAUCGUGGAGCCCUCAGGUCUGGUGCGCACGCCCCUGCUCACAGUACCCAGUCUAAGCCAGGUGCCCUUGCAGUUUGCCCCACAGCUCGACCCAGUGGGAACCCUGAGCCUCCACAGGCCCCUUAGCAGGACCCGCUCAGAACCGCUGCCCCAGAGCCCACGGCCCCUGCCCCCCCAGCUACUCCAGCAGCACCACAGUACCCAGUUUCUGGAGAGGCUUAAGCAGCAUACACAUCUGGGCAAGCUUAUGACUAAGUCCAGCGAAAAGCCGCGUCUCAGACAGAUUCCGUCCGAGGACAUGGACUCGGAGGACGCGGGGCCGGCGCCCGCCGAUGCCCAUCAGACCAGGCUGCGAGCGGAGCCUCUGCGGGAGGCGGAAUCUCUCCGCGAGACACCUUCGGCCGCCGAGAGCGAGGGAGAGCAAGUCAACCUGCAGCACACGGUCAUACGCAACCAGUCCUUGCUUUGGGAGAAGCAGAAACAGCUGCAGCAGCUGCGCCGCCAGACGGCUCACAUGGAAACCCUGGCAGUCCCCAUGGUGCUUGGCGCUGCCCACCGGCCUCUCUCUCGUACCCAGUCCUCACCAGCUUCCACCUCUCUCACGCUGCCUGACAAGACCCUUCCUCUUGCCACCCCUGCCCCUGAGACCUCCAGUAAGCCACGUUUCACGACAGGCCUGGUUUAUGACUCCCAGAUGCUGAAACACCAGUGCACUUGUGGAGACAACAGCAGCCACCCAGAACAUGCUGGGAGGAUCCAGAGCAUCUGGUCCAGGCUGCAGGAGCGAGGCCUCAGGAGCCAGUGUGAGAGUGUUCGAGGCAGGAAGGCCACUCUGGAGGAGCUGCAGUCAGUCCAUACAGAGCGGCACGUCUUGCUCUAUGGCACCAACCCUCUGAACCGUCUCAAGUUGGACAGCCGGAAGCUGACCGGGAUCCUGUCUCAGAGGAUGUUCGUAAUGCUGCCAUGUGGAGGUGUUGGGGUGGAUAAUGACACCAUUUGGAAUGAAAUGCACACUUCGACAGCUUCCCGCAUGGCGGCGGGCAGUGUGACGGAGCUGGCCUUUAAGGUUGCCAAGGGUGAGCUCAAGAAUGGCUUUGCAGUGGUGCGGCCCCCCGGACACCAUGCGGAUCCCUCCAACCCCAUGGGUUUCUGCUUCUUCAACUCAGUGGCCAUCGCAGCCAAGCAGCUCCAGCAGAAGUUAAGCGUCAGCAAGAUCCUCAUUGUAGACUGGGAUGUUCACCAUGGCAACGGUACCCAAGAGGUGUUCUACAAUGAUCCCAGCGUGCUUUAUAUCUCACUCCAUCGCUACGAUGAUGGAAACUUCUUCCCGGGCAGUGGCAGUCCAAACGAGGUGGGCUCUGGUGCCGGUGAGGGCUUCAACGUCAAUGUGGCGUGGACCGGUGGUCUGGACCCACCCAUGGGUGACGCAGAAUACCUGGCUGCAUUCAGGACUGUGGUGAUGCCCAUCGCCCAGGAGUUUUCCCCUGAUGUGGUUUUAGUCUCCUCUGGAUUCGACGCAGCCAACGGACAUCCGGCGCCUCUGGGGGGCUACAAAGUCUCUGCAAAGUGUUUUGGUUUCCUGACGCGACAGCUGAUGCGGUUGGCGGGAGGCAGGGUGGUGCUGGCCCUGGAGGGAGGCCACGACCUGACGGCCAUCUGUGAUGCCUCUGAGGCCUGUGUCGGAGCCCUGCUGGGCUUGGAGGCGGAGCCCCUGUCCGAGGAGGAGCUGCAGCGGGAGCCCUGCCCCAAUGGGGAGCGCUCGCUGCAGAGGGUGCUGCAGGUCCACAGUCAGUACUGGCAGUCUGUGAAGCGCCUUGCUCACACCGUCAAGAUGUCCUUCCUGGAGGCCCAGAAGCAUGAGCACGAGGAGACCGACGCAGUCAAUGCCAUGGCCUGUCUGUCUGUGGGCGUCCUGGCCAAUAAGAGUCUCCCUGAUGAGCCCAUGGAACACGACGAUGACUCCAUGUGACGAUGAGUGUCGAGCUCUGGAUACGGGG